AUUUGUUUUUCAGUUGAUUGCUUGAAGGCAACAAUUUCCAAAUGCCUGGGCUUAGCUUUGAUUGCUGGCUCAGUGCUGGUGAAGGUCCCACAAAUCCUCAAGAUCACCAAGGCUGGAUCAGCUGAAGGCAUUAGCUUUUCAAGUGCCUUGCUUGAGCUGGUAGCCAUCAUUGCUUCCUUCUCAUACAAUUUUGUUAGCAAGUAUCCCUUCAGCUCAUGGGGUGACAACGCAUUCUUGCUACUACAAACAGCCUUGAUAGGAGCUCUUGUGCUUCAUUACAAAGGCUCAACUCAGCAAGCUUUCUUCUUCUUGGCUGCGGUGACCACAGCUGUAGCCAUUUUGUGCUCUGGCAGUAUCCCCAUACACAUCCUCAUGGCUCUGCAAGCUUCUAACAUUCCUAUUGUCUUCAUUGCUAAAAUGCUACAAGCGUGGUCCAACUACAGUGCUGGCAGUACAGGGCAGCUCUCUGCGGUGACAGUCACAUUACUCACGGCUGGCUCAGCCGCCCGCAUUUUCACCAGCAUCCAGGAGACUGGCGACCGCGUCAUCAUUGCUACUUACUGCGUCGCUACCUUUGCCAACAGCGUUGUCUUUGGGCAGCUGCUGUGGUACUGGAGUGUAACUCCUGCACACUCCAAGGCCAAGCAGAGGGCAUCAUCGAAGAAGCGUAACUGAAUGUUGGCCAAUCAGAAAUUAGUGUGAAAUAUCCUACUUGUUGUAUAAUUUGGUGUCUGUAAUUUAUAGUUAUUGGACUUUGUUGGUUUGUGUUCCUCAAGCAAGAUUUCAGGAAAAGUAAUGAUGUUAUUUUAUGAAUAGGCUUUUCCACUUUCUGAAAUAGAAUAAAUUAGUUGCUUUAUAUGAGCCUUUAUUUUGUUUGUCUGCUAUUCUGUUGAUUGUGAUAUUUCUAAAAAUUGCUCACCAAUUGAAAAAUUCCAGCAAUAAUCAUUGGUGUCCAAGGGCGUAUUAGUUAGUAGCAGAGAACUUGGGUAGGUAAUUGUUUGCCAUCCUAAUUAAAUAUAACUUGUAGGAUGUGUUUUCUUGGAAACAAGUGAUAAAACAUAAAAUUUACUGGGGCAUUCAAGCAUGAAUCUUUUUCAAUUUGUCGCUUGGAGAAUCGUUAAUCACCGAUUUAGUAGUAACUGGUAGAGAAUAACUGCUGCUACAACUGUCAUGCCAUUUACCACACAGCUAUGCUGUGGAACUUCUUGAUGUGAUCUCUUACUAGUUCUACCAAUUGUUUGUACUCAAUGGUUUCAUAUUAUCAAUGUCUGCUUUGAUUUCAAAAAUUGUAUACAAAGCAAUUUUGUUGCUUUACAAUUGAAAAGAAUUUUCACAAUGUACAAGAGUUCAUACUGUUGACAGAACGCAAUAAUUUUAUUUUAUUUAUUUUUCUUUUAUGAUCAUUGAGUGUUCUUCUAUCCAGCUUCGUUAUAAUCACAGCUAGCAACUUAGUGACGGUAGGACAAUUCACUAAUGUCCUGGAUGUCACUCUUGCAAAUUAGAGAGUGAAAUAUUAUUGUACACGCUAGACAUUUGUCUUAUUGAGCUGGGGAUUGUCAUCAGCUGUUUAAAGAUUAGGGUGUUUAGUUCUGAACGCCCAAUCUCAGGCACAUGUUCAACUUGUUAUUUUCAUUUGUCAAACUUGCUGAGUGACCCAUUGCUCUUUUUUAUCAAUAAUCUUGAAACGCCUUUCUUCCUGCAUUUUUAUUUUCACUGAGAUAUUCAACGACACAGUAAAACUCUUUAUUGGCUAAAUUCAUUUUUUUUUCAUUUUGUUUUACAAUUGCGUAAAUGAAGCUAUUUAUUUGUUGCUGUUUUAACACUAGCUUUUAUUUUGUUCCGUUAAUGCCUCUAUGUUUUGGUGUCUGUCUUGGAGUGUUAUUUCUAAUUUUACUGAUAACCUGGUGCUAAAGUAGCCUCCUUUUGGACCUCGAGAAUUUUGGACAAAUUUGAUGGAAUUCUUUAAGUUUCCUAUGAAUGCACGUUAUUCAUUUCGGUGAAUGCAGAAAAACUAUAAUAUUUCACAAAGUAAUCAAGUUGAUUAAUGAUGAUUUGAAUUACUUUCACUGUGUGUUGGACUAUCAAGUAGUGAGCGAGGCCUUAGUGAUAUAGUAACGUGGUUUUAUUUUUGUUAAUUUUUGUGUGGGAUCUUUUAUUAAACUUUUUGUGGGUUACUUUUCUAUGACUGCCAACUCAGGUGAUCUUGUUUCGCGUCUAUGACGCCGAUUCUUAGCAGCAUGUUCAGCUCCUUAUGUAACCGUGUCCUGUUUCUGAAUCAUUUGAACAUUUCAAUUUGAUUUUAUCCAUUCGCGCUAUGCAGCGAACGUGCUGUUUCUACAUUCCAUAAAGCAUUGUACACGACGAUGUUCGCGAGAUUAUUUGUAAUUCUGCGCUCUCUCAGCUAUUCUGUAGUCUUCCGUAUCAUAGAAACUUUUAUGCUUCAUUUCCCCAUCAGUUGCACACAAAGCUUAGGAGAUUUUACGCCAAUGGAUAUGCCUCACCAUUCAAGCAAUUAUUAGUUACUUGUCUUCUUCGACGUUGGCACAAUAAACGUGAUGAGAU